UGUUACCAGGAAGUCUUAUGUUUUCAUCGCCACACUGCAAGAGCCAUCGACAUAGGCAAUAUUUUCUAGAAAAGAUUACUGUGUCAUUCAGUUAAACCAAAAAUGGAUAACUAUAAUAAACAAUCUUUGAACUCAAUGCCAGGUCCUGUUCCAGAUUUCAGAGGGAACGAUGGAUCAUUGGUGUCUGUACUGAAGACAUUGCUGUUUUUCACGGUCAUGAUGAUAACCCUGCCAAUAGGAUUAUAUUUUACAUCAAAAUCAUAUAUUUUUGAAGCUUCUGGGUAUUCCAGCAAUGACAGUUAUUUCUAUGCUGCCAUCGUGGCAGUGAUAGCUGUCCAUGUGGUCUUGGCCCUCUUUGUGUAUGUUGCAUGGAAUGAGGGCACCGGCUCACAUCAGACAAGAGAAGGAAAGCAGGACUAGGAGGAUCAGGCUGUGUGUGGACCAGAAGAGGGUGACCACAUCACUACCACCACACACAGAGAAGACAGUGAGGCUACAACCUAGAGCCCACUGAUGCAGUGCAAUAGUGGAUGGUUGAUGUUCAGGAUUUAUAUGGUUGGAGAAGCACGAAAGUAUGCAAUGUGGUGUUCAGGCAUAAGAAUAUGCAGCAAUUGCUCAAUGAGUUUGUCCAGUUUCAGCAGUUAAAAAAUUAGGGACAACUAUUUUUAAGACAUGGGGCCCUAUUAAAUCUAACCUGGUAACAGGGCUUUGGGGAUGAGUCAAAAUCAUGUUUUUGAUAGGUUUUCUUAUGGAAGGGAAGAGUAUUAUAUUUUGGUGUAUUGCCAUAUGCCAUUAAGGUAAUCAAUCAUCAUUCAGUCAUUGUUUUGAAUCUAAAUACUUGAUAAACAUCUGUAGGUAUCAACCUAAUAUGAACACCUGUGGCUUUGCAUCAUCGGAGGUUAGAUUGUAUCAAAAUAAAAAAUAAUAGAUAAAAUAGAUGGCUGAUGAUAAGUCUUAAUGUCAUGUACCACAUCUAUCUUCACUUCAUCUGUUUUUUUUACUUUAGAAUGCAUGUUUUUUUUCUCACUGAUUCCUUCAAAUGUGAUUUGCACAUUCUAGUUUGUUGAACUCCCAAGGCUCUUUUUGACUGUCACAUAUGUUGUAUUCUAUGUUUGUUUUCACCCAAUUUGAUACAAUUCAUAAUGAUACGUGAAAUACCCAUGAAGGCAUUUUUAUUGAUCAUGCUUGCAGAGACCUCCACCCUGGGUCUCUUUCUGUAAGCUUGUCUCAACAAAAAAUAUAUUCAAACUGACACCAUGAAGGUGUGCUGUCAGGGUUUGACAAUUGGAUGAAAUUGAAUAGUCAUUGGGGGAAAACAUUCAUCUCUGAUUUGUGGUUCAAGAAUUAUAACAAAAAUGUUUUCAAUUCACACAGCAAAUACUUACUGGAAAAACAAGAAAGAAUGAAGGUCUUGACUUAAUGACAAGCAGCAAACCAAAAGUUUAAAAACAUGGAAAGUAAAGACAAUCAUGGAAACCUUGA